AUGGCGGUGGGCAAGGCCGGAGAGGCGACGCUGCUGCCCGGGCUGAGCAUCCUGCUGGGUCUGGCCUCGGGCCUAGCGGGCCUGAGCAGGGCCCUGGAGUUUGGAGGCGGCGCGGGGCAGUGGGCGCGCUACUCGCGAUGGACGGCGGCGGGCUCCCAGGGCGAGCUGAGCUUCAGCGUGCGGACCAACGCCUCCCGGGGCCUGCUCCUGUAUUUGGAUGAUGGCGGCUACUGCGACUUCCUGGAGCUAAUGGUGGCCGAGGGCCGGCUGCGGCUACGCUUCACCAUCUUCUGCGUGGAGCCCGCCAGCCUGCGCUCCGAGGCCCGGGUGGAUGACAACCGCUGGCACAUGGUGCUGCUGACCCGCAACUACCGGGAGACCACGCUGGCGGUGGAUGGGGAAACGCGGACCGCGGCCGUGCGCUCCAAGCGGCGGGACAUGACGGUGGCCAGCGACCUCUUUGUGGGGGGCAUCCCACCCGAUGUGCGCCUCUCCAGCCUCACCUCCAGCACCGUCAAGUACGAGGUGCCCUUCCGGGGCCUGGUGGCCAACCUGAAGGUGGGCGGCACGCCGCCGGCCCUCCUGGGCAGCCAGGGCCUGCGGAGCGGGCAACCGGACUCGCCGUGCUCCGGGCCCAACCCGUGCCCCGACGGCGGCGUCUGUGUGGUGCGCAACGGCAAGGCGGUGUGUGGCUGCUCGGACAGCGGCGACCCGGCGCGUCCCUGCGGACAAGAAGAUCACUCGAUUGAAGGUCCUGCUCACCUGAUGCUAAACAGCCAAGUCGGUGGAGUUGUUGACAGUGAGGAAGGAUGUGGCAGGGGUGGGGUGGGUGAUGUGCAUUCACCCACCCAGACGAAGGAAGAGUCUGUAGCCACCUUCAAGGGCACGGAGUUCUUCUGCUACGACCUCUCGCACAACCCCAUCCAGAGCAGCAGCGAUGAGAUCACCCUCUCCUUCCGGACCCUGCAGCGCAACGGCCUCAUCCUGCACACGGGCAAGUCGGCCGACUACGUCAACCUGGCGCUGAAGAAUGGCGCCGUCUCGUUGGUCAUCAACCUGGGCUCGGGGGCCUUCGAGGCCCUGGUGGAGCCGGUCAACGGCAAGUUCAAUGACAACGGCUGGCACGACGUCCGGGUCACCCGCAACCUCCGUCAGCACUCUGGCAUUGGACACGCAAUGGUAAACAAACUGCAUUAUCUGGUGACCAUCUCAGUGGAUGGGAUCUUGACGACCACAGGUUACACGCAGGAGGACUACACCAUGUUGGGUUCCGAUGACUUCUUCUACAUCGGGGGGAGCCCGAGUACAGCGGACCUGCCUGGUUCACCCGUCAGCAACAACUUCAUGGGGUGCCUGAAGGACGUGGUUUACAAGAACAAUGACUUUAAACUGGAGCUGUCACGCCUGGCCAAAGAGGGGGACUCCAAGAUGAAGGUUCACGGGGACCUGGUGUUCCGAUGUGAGAACGUGGCUGCCCUGGACCCAGUGACCUUCGAAGCCCCCGAAGCGUACAUCGCUCUCCCCAAGUGGAAUACCAAGAAGACAGGCUCAGUCUCCUUUGAUUUCUGUACCACGGAACCCAAUGGUCUGCUCCUGUUCAGCCACGGCAAGAGGCAACACCAGAAGGAGACGCGGGCCGAGCGUCUCCAGAAGGUGGAUUACUUUGCGAUGGAGCUGUUGGACGGGUUCCUGUUCCUGCUCCUGGACAUGGGCUCGGGGGCCAUCAAGAUCCGUGCCACCAACAAGAAGGUCAACGAUGGGGAGUGGUGCCACGUCGACUUCCAGAGAGACGGCCGUUCAGGCUCGAUAUCGGUGAACAGCCGCCACUUCCCGUUCGUGGCCAACGGUGAGAGUGAGAUCCUGGACCUGGACAGUGACAUGUACCUGGGGGGUCUCCCAGAAAACAAGCUGGACCUGGUGCUGCCCCCCGAGCUGUGGACUGCCUUCCUGCGGUACGGCUACGUGGGCUGUGUGCGCGACCUCUUCAUCGACGGGCGAAGCCGGGACAUCCGGCGCCUGGCUGAGCUCCAGAACACCGGGGGCGUCAGCGGCUUCUGUAGCCGGGAAACCCUAAAGCAGUGCAGCACCAGUCCGUGUCGGAACGGGGGGCAGUGCCGUGAGGGCUGGAACCGCUACAUCUGUGACUGCACCGGCACCGGCUACUUCGGCAGGAACUGUGAGACGGAGGGGACCGUCCUCAGCUACGACGGCAGCAUGUACAUGAAGGUAAUCAUGCCAACGGUGAUGCACACAGAAGCUGAAGACAUCUCCCUGCGGUUCAUGUCACAGAGAGCCUACGGCCUACUCAUGGCCACGACCUCCAAAGUCUCUGCGGACACCCUCAGGCUUGAGUUGGACGGGGGACGGGUGAAGCUGACCGUCAACUUAGACUGUGUGAAGAUUAACUGUAGCCCCAGUAAAGGACCGGAAAUGCUGUUCGCUGGGCAGAAGGUGAAUGAUAACGAGUGGCACACAGUACGGGUGCUCCGGAGAGGGAAAGGUCUACAACUGUCCGUGGACAAUAUCACCGUGGAAGGGCAGAUGGCCGGUGACCACACGCGGCUAGAGUUUCACAACAUCGAGACGGGCAUCAUGACGGAGAAGCGGUUCAUCGCGAUGGUGCCAUCCAACUUCAUCGGGCACCUGCAGAGCCUGCGCUUCAAUGGCAUGGACUACCUGGACCUGUGCAAGAACGGGGACAUCAGCUACUGUGAGCUCAACGCCUUUUUCGGCAUGCGGGACAUCAUCGCUGACCCGGUCACCUUCAAGACCAAGUCCAGCUACCUUGCUCUGGCCACUCUACAGGCCUACACCUCCAUGCACCUCUUCCUGCAGUUCAAAACCACUGCCAUUGACGGCCUCAUUCUCUACAACAGCGGGGACGGCAACGACUUCAUCGUCCUGGAGCUCGUCAAGGGCUACCUCCACUAUGUCUUUGACCUGGGCAACGGGCCGUCCCUGAUGAAGGGCAACUCGGAGAAGCCCCUCAACGACAACCAGUGGCAUAACGUGAUGGUGUCCCGUGACCCCAACAACGUUCACACCCUCAAGAUCGACUCCAGGACGGUCACCCAGCAUUCGAAUGGCGCCCGCAACCUGGACCUCAAGGGUGAGCUGUACGUCGGGGGUCUCAGCGUGGGCAUGUUCAACAACCUCCCCAAACUGGUGGCGUCCCGCGAGGGCUUCCAGGGGUGCCUGGCGUCCAUCGACCUGAACGGACGACUGCCAGAUCUGAUGGCGGAUGCUCUCCAUCGCGUCGGGCUGAUCGAACGAGGAUGCGGAGGUCCCAGCACCACAUGCCAGGAGGAUUCCUGUGCCAACCAGGGCACCUGCAUCCAACAAUGGGACGGCUACACGUGCGACUGCACCAUGACGUCGUUCGGGGGCAGUAUCUGUAACUACCCUGGCACCACGUACAUCUUCGGCCGGGGCGGUGCCUCCAUCACGUACACGUGGCCUCCCAACGACCGACCGAGCACCCGAGCUGACCGCCUGGCCGUCGGCUUCAGCACGCAGCAGAAAGACGCCAUCUUGGUGCGCGUGGACAGUGCCUCGGGCCUGGGUGACUACCUACAGCUGCAAAUAGAGCAAGGGAAGAUUCAGGUGAUCUUUAACGUCGGGACAGACGACAUUGUGAUCGAGGAGGCCAACGUGGUCGUCAACGAUGGCAAGUACCACGUGGUGCGUUUCACGAGGAGUGGUGGAAAUGCCACGCUGCAGGUGGACAACUGGCCCGUCAACGAGCGAUACCCAGUGGGCAACUUUGAUAAUGAGCGGCUGGCGAUUGCUAGACAGCGAAUUCCUUAUCGACUCGGUCGGGUAGUAGAUGAGUGGCUACUUGACAAAGGUCGACAGUUGACCAUCUUCAACAGCCAGGCUUCCAUCCAGAUCGGGGGCAAGGCCCAGGGGCGCCCCUUCCAGGGGCAGGUGGCUGGACUCUACUACAACGGCCUGAAGGUGCUGACCCUGGCCGCUGAGAGCGACCCCAACGUCAAGGUGGACGGCAACCUGCGGCUGGUGGGGGAGGUGCCCUCGGUGAUGACCACUGAGACCACGGCCACCACGCUCCUGGCGGACAUGUCCACCACCAUCAUGGAGACCACCACCACCAUGGCGACCACCACCACCAGAAGGGGGAGGUCUCCUACCAUGAAUGACAGGAUCACCCAGAACACCGACGACAUUCUGGUAGCUUCCGCGGAGUGCCCCAGCGACGAUGAAGACCUGGAGGAGUGUGAGCCCAGCACGGGGGGAGAGCUCAUCCUGCCCAUCCUGACGGAGGACGCGCUCGAGGUCCCUUCGACGGUCUCCCGCUCCCCGUACCCGGUGGUGGCGCCGGCGCCGACUUACCGGCCGUUCGUCCGCCUCCUGGAGUCCACCGAGGGCUCGCCGAGCCUGGGCUCCAAGAUGGCGCCGGCGGCUCCUCCUCCCCGCGCCCGUCCUCCUUCUCCCCCUCCCCGCUCUCCCCGGUGCCCGGAUGAUUGCGUCACCGACCAGUGCCCGGAUGAUUGCGUCACCCUCCGGGACGACGACAACAACAACAACGACGACGAUGAAGAAGAAGGAGACGAACAAAAUGGCGGCGCGGCGCCAUCUUCCUCCUCCUCCUCAGGUUACGGCUCGGGCGAGAUCUUCGACUCCAGCUUCCCGCCGAGCGACGACGAGGAUUUUUACGGCGCCCCUUCCCAGCCGCUGGUCACGGACCGCACCGCCUGGGGAGACCGGGGACUCUCGAAGCCCAGGCCGGGGGUGGAAGAUGGCGCCGCCGCCGCCUCCCCCUCCAGGCCGCCUCCCGACAUCACCUUGCUGGUCACCGACGGCGUCCGCAAGCUGCCGGCGGCCAAGCUCGACCCUCGGCCGCCUCCCGCUCAGCCGACGGUUGUCAUGGCGGGCGGCGAGAGGAGGACUCGGGCCCGCCAUCACCCUCCGCCUCCCUCCUCCCCGGUAUUAACCUCUCGCCCCGUCCCCACUGCAGGAGUGGAGCCUCCGACCACGGGCGGCGGAGCGGCGGCGGCGGGCGGCAGGCCGGGCCAGGUGGAGGUGGUGGUGCGGGAGUCGGGCAGCACCACGGGCAUGGUGGUGGGCAUCGUGGCGGCGGCGGCCCUGUGCAUCCUCAUCCUGCUCUACGCCAUGUACAAGUACCGCAACCGCGACGAGGCGUCCUACCGGGUGGAGCAGGGCCGCAACUACAUCAGCAGCGGCCUGGGCGGCGGCGGAGGGGGGCAGGCCUCGGCCCACAGCAACGGCGCCGCCCUCAAGGACAAGCUCCCGCCGCCGGCCGCGGCCUCCUCCUCGGCCAUCGGCAACAACCUCAUCCCGUCCUCCUCCUCCUCCUCCCCCGGGGCUGGGGCUGGCACCGUCACCGCCAAGGCCAUGAGCAAGGGCAAGAAGAACAAGGACAAGGAGUACUAUGUGUGAGGGAGCGAGGGGGUGUGUGUGUGUGUGUGAGGGAGCGAGGGGGGUGUGUGUGUGUG